AAUCGAUUCGCACAAUGGGUGGUGGAAGUUUCCGUAGAAGAUAUAAAAACGCGUGACGUUAUCGCGUUAGUAGGAACUGUAGGAAGCCAUCUGAGUCUGAGUUGAUCUGAGUCUGAGGCGACUGAGGCCAUUACACGGGGACGGCCGUCGCGGGCGUCGCGGAGUCGUCGGUGCUUGGCUUCAAACGUCUUGAUCAGUCUUGAUGCUCGAUAUAUGGUCGUGCGAGUAGUGCGGGGUGCGGGUCGUGCCGGUACUGCCGGUGGGUACCGAUUCGGCGCGGUUCAGCGCGGUUGUCGUCGAGUGAGCCGAGUCAGCCGAGUGUCGCAAAUACAGUCAGUAUUCAGUAUCGGCGAGUAAUCUGCGGACUGCGAUCAGCUGGCUCAGCUCACAGCUGCUCAUCAGUCGGUGAUAGCACAUAGCGAACGAGUGAAUUCGCGGCACAGAGCGCAGUGGUCACUUGUGGGGUGGGGUGCGAGCUGUGAGCGCCUGAUAACGGAAUUCCAUAUUCCAUUUACAUUGUUACAUAUUACAUAUCCUAGCCUAGGUGGGCCUCUCUCAGAAGUCGGAAGCGUUUCUCACGUCGGAUAAAUCAUGUCGAAUGUCGACGAGUGUUACAUCGAAAUUUUGCGACUCGUGAAGCAAGCUGGCUCGAUCAUCAGGGAAAAGAUUUCGCAACGAAAAGAUGUGCUCACGAAAUCGUGCGACGUUGAUUUGGUUACGAAAUGGGAUCAAGAGGUAGAAAAACUUUUAAUCGACGGAAUAUCGUCCAGAUAUCCCGAACACAGGUUUAUCGGCGAGGAGAGCACUGCAUCGGGACAGAAAGUAGAAUUGACGGAUGCUCCAACAUGGGUAAUCGAUCCUAUCGACGGGACGAUGAAUUUCGUUCACGGUUUACCGCACACGUGCGUCUCAGUUGCGCUGCUUAUUAAUAAAGUAGCGGAAAUAGGAGUAGUGUAUAAUCCGAUCUUGGAGCAACUUUUUACCGCUCGUAAAGGUCAGGGCGCAUUUCUCAAUGGCGCCCCAAUUCAUGUAUCCGACGAAAAGGAAUUGCGUAAGGCACUGGUAAUGGUAGAAAUGGGAACCAGUAGAGAUCCAGAAAAAUUGAAAAUAGUCUUGCAAAAUAUAACGCUCCUUACGGCACAAGUUCACGGGAUACGAACGCUUGGUUCAGCAGCUCUGAAUAUGUGCAUGGUGGCUCUUGGUGGUGCUGACGUUUCUUUUGAAUUUGGUAUACAUGCGUGGGACAUUGCAGCCGGAGAUCUUAUUGUUCGAGAAGCCGGCGGUGUAUCGAUAGAUCCAGCUGGAGGUCCAUUUGACGUGAUGAGCAGAAGGACGUUGUGCGCAUCAUCGAUGGAAUUAGCUCAACAACUUUCCAAAAUAUUAAUCCAGUAUUAUCCAGAGCGAGAUUAAGAAGCUUGAAAAUUCAACAUGUGGAAGACGAAGAAAAAUCAUUAUGUUUUUACCGAUCGGAUCAGAGAUCAUUAAAAAUAAUAAAAAUAUUAAUGUCUAAAAGAAAAAAAGUGUAAACUUAAAUUUAGGUCGUUAUAGAAUGUAUAUUGCUAGAUAUUUCUAUCCAGAUUAGAUAUUUUUAUCCAGAAGAUAUCAAUGAAAUUGUCAACCUCUUUAAAAUAUCUGAAUUGUAUAGUUUAAAAAAUAAAUUGACGAGUUUUUUCA